CACAUGAACAUAUUCAUAAAGGAAGAGGAAGUGGGAAGUGCGAUAGAUAAUGUUGUUACAUGUCCGCGAACACUACCUUUCUGGUUCAUGCGUCAAGUUUUUAUGUUGACGCUACCCACACGCUACCUCUCUGCCAUCUUCCUUCCCCAACCUUAGCUUAGCAUUUGUUAUUUCUGGCUUCAUUUCCACUAUUGCUUUUACUUUUACUGUUCUACCAGUCAUCACAUAUACACAAACAAGCAGACAACAGUGCACGCCACAAUCAUCCAACUCCUUAAUUGCACUUCUAGCUUUUGAAGGAAAAUGAAACCCCGACCUAUAAUUUUUUCCUCUAAUUAAUUUUUUUUAAUAAAUAAGGAGAGAAAAUAGGAAGUAUUUGAGAGGCUUUUGAGUAAAAACACCUCCUUUGUGCAGGCCAGGGAUUCAUGGCCCUCUUCUUAAUCUUUUUAUCUUCUCUAAUGAGCCCUCUUUUAUUUUCUUGAUUUGGUUUUCUUUUUAACAUUGUAAUCCCAUAUCGAUAGAGGAUUUAGCUGGGUUUCUGCUUGAUUAUAUGGUGGAUCUGUUAAAAGAACUGGCCAUAUAGGAGCUUCCCUGUCAACUAAAAGGAGGGAGAAAGAAGAGAGGAGGAGGGAAUGGAUUUUGAUGAACACGAAGACCAAGAGGAAGACAUGCCCAUGGCGGCGUCUCCAGUUUAUGACACUAUUAGCGACUCAUCUAGGCUAAAAACGGGUCCAGCUGGUGGAGAAGGUGCGCCAGCUACGGCAACAGCAAACACGAGAAAAUCCGCAAGCUCGGUUAGAUAUAGAGAGUGCUUGAAAAACCAUGCUGUGAGUAUCGGUAGACAUACGGUGGAUGGGUGUGGGGAAUUCAUGGCGGCGGGCGAAGAGGGUACCUUGGAUGCACUCAUAUGCGCCGCGUGUAACUGCCACCGAAAUUUCCACCGCAAGGAAACUGAUGGAGCCUCGGAGGGAAUAUAUCACCACCAUCAGCAACAUGCUAAAUUCUCUCCCUUAUAUCGGGCUCCGCCACCUGCUGGGUACUUACACCUGACGCCGGCCCCGCAAAUCAGGCCAUUAGCUCUACCCGCAGCAUCUGCUGGGGGUGCCGGAGGUGCUAUUAUUGGUGGUGGGUACAGCAGGGAGGAGGAGGAUGUGUCUAAUCCUAGUAGUAGCGGAGGAGGGGGCGGCGCUUGUGGGAGUUCAAAGAAGAGAUUUAGGACUAAGUUUACGCAGGAGCAGAAGGACAAGAUGUUGGAUUUCGCAGAGAAGCUUGGUUGGAGAAUCCAAAAGCAUGAUGAGGCUGCAGUCGAGCAGUUUUGUGCAGAGUAUGGAGUGAAAAGGCGUGUGCUCAAGGUGUGGAUGCACAACAACAAGCACACUGUUGGUAAGAAACCCUAAUUUUUAGAAAACUUACAAGGAUAAAAACAGCAACAACAACAACAAUGGAGUAAGUGCCAAGUGCAAAAAUGAGGAAGGAAGCUAGAGAGCUUAAUACCCAGAAGUGCAAUUGAUAUAUUUUCUGAAAGCAAAAAUGGGAAAGUUGAUUGUUUGUGAUGUGAAAUUGGUAAGAGUAGUAACACAGAUUAGGGUUCUUCAACUAUUUUGUCUCUUCAUUUUUUGUUAUUUCUUUGCUUUCCAAUUUAGUUUUGUUUCUGAAAGUAGGAGGGAUAUUGGUGGAGUUGAUGAUUAUGGUCCUGUAAUUUCUUGAAAUGCGUUGUUGCUGGUAUGGGCCAUUUGCUAGCUCCUGAAUUAAUCAGCAUCUCCUAAUUCAAGCUUACUUCUUUCUUUA